AAAAAAAGAAUGGAAAGAAAAAGCUUAUGUUGAUUCAGAAAUCACACUAGAAGUAGCAGAUCCAUUUCUGAAGGCUUUGCAGCCAAAAAGCACAGUGCAAAAAUGCUCUCUCCCUGUUUACUUUUAACCUCUGGUUUGUCUUGGAUCUGAUUCUUAGUAGGCGGUGUUAUCUUACAGAAAUUGCAGCCUCUCUCGCCACCCCUUUUGUGUAAAGGGUCCUGCCUGUAAAAGCAUGAAAAUGCAUCCUCCUGGAUUGCUGUUUUUCUUCUUAGCAGCAUGCUUCAGUCCCACAGCUGACUGCCAGAGUCAGAAGUUAAAAUCCAUGCGGUGCAAUAUCAAGACGAUGUUCACCAUGAAUACAGCGUGUACUUCUUGUGCUGCAGUGCCUAAAAUGUUGUGUCCAAGAGGCUGGUCAAGGACCACCCAAAGACCAGGGCUGGGGGACUGCAGAUACUCUGUCAAGUUAGGAGAAAAUACCCUUUCCCUGCCAGGGUGCCAUCGCAUAUGUAAUAAGGAAAUUGAGGAGAAAAAGUGCUGUCCAGGAUUUUGGGGUACAGAGUGCUAUGAGUGUCCAGGUGGCUCUGAAAAUCCCUGCAAUGGCCAUGGGACAUGUUUGGAUGGUAUACAGCAGAAUGGGACCUGCAUCUGCAAGGAGCAAUACAAUGGGUAUGGCUGCCAGAACUGUCGGGAUGAAAAUCGAUUUGGCCCAGACUGUCAGUCAGAGUGUGACUGUGUGCACGGGGAAUGCAACAGCGGCGUCGCUGGGAACGGGAGCUGCACGUGCCAUGGAGGCUACACAGGCCCCAGGUGUGACCAAGAGCUCCCCCUUUGCAAAGGUGUGACAUGCGAGGCCAACAGUGAGUGCGUGGUGAGGGAUGGCACAGCCCUGUGUGACUGCAAGCUGGGCUACAGAAAACAGGGCAGCACUUGCCAAGCUCAGGAUCCUUGUACUCCUUCUCCAUGUUCCCCCUUUGCUGUAUGUAAAGUCCUUGGACCACGUACAUAUGAAUGUACCUGCAAAGAAGGAUUUCAAGGAGAUGGAAAGAUUUGCCAGCCCAUCAACCCUUGUGUUGACAACAAUGGAGGCUGCCCAGAAAACUCCACAAUUUGUGUUUACAGACGUCCAGGAGAGGCAACGUGUGUUUGCAAGCCUGGGAUGAGCAGGAGACCUCCUUCAUCCGAGUGUUUGGCAUUUCCCAGCGACUGCCGGCAGUACCUCUGCGACGUGACUGCCACCUGUGAAAUUAACGCUCAGGGGACUCCUAGCUGUGUGUGUAAAGAAGGGGAGAUUGGAGAUGGGAGAAGUUGCUAUAAAGAUCUCUUGGGUGAGAUAAAUCAGCAGAAUUUGCGAGGAAGGUUUAUAAGGAAGCUCAACGUCGCCAAGAAAAUGUUUGCUUCUGGGUGCUCAACAUUGCUGACUAAAUAUGGGCCCUUCACAGUCUUUGUACCAUCCCUUCUUCCCAUUCUUGACAGAAUGGAAUUCAAUGACACAGCUGCUGAGCAGUUGUGCAAAAUGCACAUUGUUCCUGGUCUGCACUUGAUAGAGGACAUGAUAAAAGCCAAGACUAUGUGGACCUUGUCAGGACAUCAGCUGACAUUCAGUAGCCAGACAUACAUCAAAUCUUUCCGGUAUCAAGAUCUGCCAGGGGAACUGUACAACAUCUUGCAAUCAAACCUCCCAGCAGCCAAUGGCAUCAUACAUAUUGUCAACAGCCUCAGGAAAAAAACCAGCCCUGACAACCUCAGAAACCCACAGAAAACCAUUGGUGAGAUCCUUGCCUCAAUGGAGAUUUUCAGUAGAUUUGAAACUAUACUGGAGAACUGUGGCCUGCCUGCAAUACUGGAUGGACCAGGCCCCUUCACUGUGUUUGUACCCAGCAAUGAUGCUGUGGAUAAGCUGAGAGAUGGAAGGCUCAUUUAUCUUUUCACAGAGGGCAUCAAUAAGCUCCAGGAGCUGGUGAAACAUCACAUCUACACUUCAGCAGCGGUGGCAGUAGAGCAACUGAUAAUGAUGCCACACAUUGUUACAAUGGCUAACCAGAUACUUACCAUCAACAUCAGUGCAGAUGGAAGAAUUCUGAUGGAUGAAUCAGGGAUCCCCUUAAAAAUGCGAGACAUUGUGGCUUCAAAUGGUAUUAUUCAUACUUUGGAUGGCAUCUUCAUCCCUCCUUCAAUCGUUCCCAUUUUGCCUCACAGAUGCAAUGAAGAGCAACAUAAGAUUGUGAUGGGCACUUGUGUGGAUUGUGAAGCCCUCAACAACAGCAUUUGCCCACCUGGCAGCAAGGAAAUGGAACCAACACUGUCCCCCAAGGAAUGUGUUUACAUCCAUGAUCCACAAGGCCUGAAUGUCCUGAAGAAGGGGUGUGCCAGGUACUGCAAUCAAACCAUCACGCAACCUGGAUGCUGCAAAGGGUUCUUUGGUCCAGACUGCAUGCCAUGCCCUGGGGGAUUUUCCAGCCCAUGCUAUGGCAGGGGAAAUUGUAGUGAUGGCAUUCAAGGGAAUGGCAACUGUCUCUGCUUUGAAGGUUUCAAAGGCACAGCCUGCCACAUCUGUGCAAACCCAAACAAGCAUGGCGAGAACUGUGAUGAAGAUUGUGGCUGUGUCCAUGGUGUCUGUGACAACAGGCCUGGCAGUGGGGGGGUGUGUCAGUCCUGGUCCUGCAAGGAAGGCUUCACUGGGAAAUUCUGUGACAAGACCUCCAGGAACUGUGGCCCCAGUGGGCUGUCCCAGUACUGCCACCAGCACGCUGUCUGCAGCCUCAAUGACACAGCAAGGUGCAUCUGCAUGGAUGGAUAUGAAGGGGAUGGGUUUUCCUGCCAGCCCAUCGACCUGUGCAGUCAGCCAGGACGAGGAGGUUGCUCACAGAAUGCCCUGUGUACCAGUACAGGCCCUGGCACUGCCACCUGCCAGUGCAAUGUGGGCUGGACUGGGGAUGGCAAGGUCUGUGUGCCCAUAGACAACUGCAUGCUGGAGAGCAGAGGGAGCUGCCACCUCAACGCCAACUGCAUCUACACCGGGCCUGGGCAGAGCAAGUGUGUCUGCAAGAGGGGCUAUGCUGGUGAUGGCUACAGCUGUGAUGCCAUCAACCCCUGCCUCAUGGACAAUGGUGGCUGCCAUGACCUGGCUACCUGUGUACCCCUUGGUGGAGGAGAGAGAUCCUGUGUUUGCUCUGAAGGCUACUUUGGGGAUGGCAUGACAUGCUAUGGGGACAUUCUAAAAGAGCUGGCCAGGAAUUCCCACUUUGUAGGCUUCUACAACUGGGUUAAGAAAUCUCUCUUCAGCAUCCCAGCAGGAGCCAAUGUCACUGUCCUGGUGCCAUCAGAGGCAGCUAUCAAGAACUUGAGCAAUGCUGACAAAGAUUUCUGGUUGACCCCUUACACGCUGCCGUUUUUAGUCAGAGCCCACUUCCUUGAAGGUGUCUUCACUGCUGAAAAGCUCAAAAAGUACGGGCCAGAAUUACCCACUCUCAACCCACAGACCAGAUGGCAGAUAAACACCACGAGUGGCGUAUUUACCAUCCAGAAUGCAACUGUAGUUGUGAGUGACAUCCCUGCCAGCAAUGGCAUCAUCCAUGUCCUCAGCAAGGUUUUGUUGCCGUCCCCAGCAGAUAUCCCCCCGAGCCCUCCUGGUCUGCAGGAGCAGCUCAGCACUGUGCCCUCCUUCAGCACAUUCCAGGAGUUGCUAGAGGAGUACCAGCUCAUUGGGAAAAUUGAGUCCUCUGAACAAUACACAAUUUUUGUUCCUGGAAAUAACUCCAUUGAGGAGUACUGCCGUGCUGCCAAUGUCACCCAGCUGGACAAUGAAACAGUGCAGUACCACAUUAUUCUGGGAGAGAAGCUCUUGCCUGCAGACUUGAGAAGUGGAGUUCAUAAGAACAGCAUGUUAGGGCUCUCCUACUGGCUGAUGUUUUACCAAAACAGCACUCAGAAGUUUGUCAAUAACAUUCCUUUGGAUGGGAAGUCCUUUGAGACGAGGAAUGGCAUCCUGAUUGGGGUGUCCCAGGUGCUCCAGGUCCAGAAGAAUCGCUGCACUGCCAAUACCACCACUAUACUGAGGUCAAGGUGCGGCAAGUGCGACAAGGGGAUCAAGUGUCCUGCUGGAUCAGUUCUUUUGGAGCCCCUUGGAAGAGGGAAUCUCGCUAAAUGCAGAUUGCGCUCUGCGGGUGCAGGAACAACGGGCUGCCAUUUCACCUGUGCAAAAGUUUCUCUGACGUCCGUCUGCUGCCCCGGCUACUACGGGCACAUGUGUGAGAUGUGCCCCGGGAAGCCGGGCCGGUGGUGCUCGGGGAACGGGGAAUGCCAGGAUGGGCUCCAGGGCAGCGGGGAGUGCCGGUGCCUGGAGGGCUUUCACGGCACCGCCUGCGAGAUGUGUGAAGUGGGACGGUUCGGAGCAGACUGCAAAUCAGAAUGUGCCUGUGACAAUGGCAUUUGUAACGACGGACUGCGAGGGGACGGGAGCUGUGAGUGCUUCCCGGGCUGGACGGGCCCCACCUGCCAAGAAAGAAUCAAGAUUGACUUAUGCAAUAACACUUGCCAUCAAAUGGCCAACUGCCUCAACAGUUCCACAGAUUCCCAACCAACCUGCAUCUGCUCCGCUGGAUACACAGGGAAUGGGACCCACUGCACAGAAAUAGAUCCCUGCACUAUUGACCACGGUGGCUGCUCUGUGCAUGCUGUGUGCACCAAGGUGUCCCCAGGGGAGAGAACCUGUGCUUGCAAGGAAGGCUAUGCUGGGGAUGGGACACUCUGCAUGGAAAUUGAUCUCUGUCUGGAAAGCAAUGGGGGCUGCCACACCCAUGCAGAGUGCAUCAAAACAGGCCCAAAGAAGGUUGCCUGCAACUGCCUGCCUGGUUACAGUGGGGAUGGUGUGAGCCACUGCAACCCCAUCAACUUGUGUGAACAGAACAAUGGAGGCUGCAGCCCCUUUGCGCUCUGUAAGUACACAGGCCCUGGCACUCGGAACUGCACCUGCUCCUGGUACAACAUUGGAGAUGGCUUCACCUGCCGUGGCAAAAUGCAUCAGGAGCUUGGAAGGAUUCCGGAAGCAUCCAUGUUCUUUAGGAUGAUACAGGCAGAAAACAUCAAAGAGCUCAGUGGGGCAGGGCCUUUCACUGUCUUCGUCCCACAGACAGACUUCAUAGGAAACAGCACAGUGUUUGAGGAGUGGAAGAGCAGAGGCCUCCUCCGGGAGCUGCUUCGUUACCACAUGGUGGGCUGCCAGAAGCUGCUCUCUAGUGACCUGGAAGGCCAGGAGUCCCUUACAUCUUUAUCUGGCCACAAGAUAAAGAUCACAGUGAAUGAGAAUAGCAUCACUCUCAACGAGGAAGCCACAGUGCUCACCAGUGACAUCGUGGGUGUGAAUGGGGUCAUCCACUUCAUCAACAAGAUCCUCAUUCCCAGUGACCUGGUGGGCCACAACAUCUCAAAGCUCUCACAGCAGAACAUCACGGAGGUGGCCGAGGCCUUUGGGUACAGCAUUUACAGCAAGCUGCUGCAGGACGCGGAGCUGCUGCCGCUGCUCGCUAACCCCGUGCACAGACCCUUCACGCUGCUCUGGCCCACGGACGCCGCCUUCAGCGCCCUCCCCGAGAGCCGGCAGAAGUUCCUGUACCGCAGGGAGCACCGCGAUGUGCUGGCCUCCUACCUCAAAGCACACAUCAUCAGGGACACCAAGAUUGUUGCUGGUAACAUGCCCCAGGUUGAAAUCGUACGAUCCAUGCGUGGCUCCUUCAUCUCAUUCAGCUGCAGCAAAGCCCACGUGGGGGAGAUUCUGCUGGAGAAUGGUGACGCCACCAUCAUCCAGAGGCACAUGGAGUUCAAUGGGGGCAUUGCCUAUGGCAUAGACAGAUUGUUGGACCCACCGGAUCUGGGAUCUCGGUGUGACGACUUCACCCUGACUGAGCUGCCGGGAUCUACAGAGAGCUGUGGACUCUGUGGCUUUGAGCCACCCUGCCCUGCUGGCUCCGUUCAACGGGGGGAAACCAAGCGCUGCUACUAUUAUGGAAAUCAGCCGCUGAGGAACACCUUCCUGUUCCACCACAACUCUCUCCUGCGGCCGGCCUGGCCCCCGCACUCCCCGUGGGACCCCUUCAGGAGACACUUCUCUUCCAGGGGGCCUCUCAGACGAGGCUGCAGGAGGAGCUGCGUGUCCAGCCUCCGGGUCCCGCAGUGCUGUGCCAACCACUAUGGCCGGGACUGCCGGGCGUGCCCGGGAGGGCUGGAGGCGCCGUGCAACAACCGUGGGACCUGCGAUGACAAAAUCGGCGGCUCAGGGGUCUGCAACUGCAGCCAGGAGUUCAUCGGGACGGGCUGCGAGCUAGUGCAACUGUACUGAGAAUGGUGUGUGCAAUGGAGGCCUACACGGCGACGGCUUCUGCUUCUGUGCCGAGGGCUGGACUGGGGAGCGCUGUGAAACCAGACUGGUGGUGACACCCACCUGCUCUCCCCCGUGCCACGCCCAGGCCGCCUGCCGCGCCGGGAACCUCUGCGAGUGCGACCUGCACUACGAGGGGGACGGGAGGACCUGCUCAGUGAUCGACAUGUGCAGCCAGGACAACGGGGGCUGUGCCCGGCACGCACAGUGCUCGCAAACGGGCGUGAACGUGUCCUGCGCCUGCAGCCCCGGCUACCGAGGGGACGGCUACAUCUGCGAGCCCAUCGACCGCUGUGCCGACGGCAGGAACGGGGACUGCAGCGAGCACGCCCUCUGCAUCAGCACCGGCCCGAACGAGCGGCGCUGCGAGUGCAAGCAGGGCUAUUUUGGUGACGGGAUCCAGUGCCUGGAGGUGGCCGUGCCCCCCACAGACCGGUGCCUGGAAUCCAACGGGCAGUGCCACCGUGAGGCCAUCUGCACUGACCUGCACUUCCACGAUAAAACCAUGGGUGUGUUUCACCUGCAGUCACCCCGAAAAAAGUACGACUUCACCUACGAGCAGGCUCAGGCAGCCUGUGCUGCAGAAGGCGCCUCCCUGGCCACAUUCCAGCAGCUGGGAGCAGCGCUGCAGAUGGGAUUCCAUCUGUGCUUGGUGGGUUGGCUGGACAAUGGCACAGCUGGAUACCCCACAGCCUACCCCAACCCCAGCUGUGGGGCCGGCCAUGUGGGCAUCGUGGACUACGGCUCCCGAAGCAACCUGAGCGAGACCUGGGAUGCGUUCUGCUACCGGGAGAAGGACGUGACCUGCAGCUGCCGUGAUGGCUUUGUGGGAGAUGGGUACUGGUGCAGUGGGAAACUGCCUGAUGUGCUCGCAGACCAGGAACGCUUCUCCACCUUCUAUUCCAUGUUGCUCAACUUUGCCAAUGACACAGAAGAAGGACUGGAUUUUUUCAUGUAUUUGUCUGAUGUCUCUGCUCCCAAAACUCUCUUUGCCCCUCUGAAUUCUGGCUUUGCAGACAAUGAGACACUGACAGGAGAAGAACUGAAGCUCCACGUGUCAUCCAGCAAUGUCAUCCUCUUCAGCUUCAACCUCACAACGGGCACCAUCAUCCCAUCCCAGUCAGGAUAUGACCUCCACGUAUCAGAGCUCCCAGCAAGCAACAGUACAAAGCACUCAGACGCCAAGGGGCUCAAUGACACGAUGAUUGUGGAGUGGGACAUCGUAGCCUUCAAUGGCAUCAUUCACGUGAUAGCAGAGCCGCUGAGGAUCCCACCGCCCCUUGUUCACCUUGGCCAGGUGA